AGUUUAGUACUUAGUUUAGUUUAGUACUGCGUUCUGGUUUGUUCACUGCGCGCUCCCGCGGCGGUGCGCGGGCACGGCGGGCCGCCUCUCUCUGUAACCCGCUCAGCUCAGCUCGGUUCGGUUCGGCGCGGCUCUGACUGCGGGGCUUCGCUGUGGGGAAGAACCCGCACAUGUCCUGAAGAGCAGAACCAGGAAGUUCGGAGUUCGGAUCCGGUUCUGACCCGGAAUGACGCGCUGCGGGCGGACUGUGCGCAGGACCCACCAGGGAUGAUUCACCUGGAACAACUCUAGAACCGGACCCAGUCUGUCCCUGCGUGGUUCCGCUGCGGUUCGGCUGCGGGGUUCGGCGGGUUCUCUCUGGGGAUCAUGGCUUUUCUGAUCAAGAAGAAAAAGUUCAAGUUCCAGGUCCACUUCGUCCUGGAGGAGCUGACCGCGGUUCCGUUCGUCAACGGGGUUCUGUUCUGCAAGGUUCGGCUGGUGGACGGGGGGGACUUCAGCAUCUCCUCCUCCAGGGAGGAGGUGCAGCAGAACUGUGUUCGGUGGGGGAAGAAGUUCUCCUUUGUGUGUAAAAUGAGCGCCAGCCCCGUCACUGGAGUGUUGGAUCCCUGCAUCUGCAGAGUUUCUGUUCGCAAGGAGCUGAAGGGAGGGAAGGCGUACUCCAAGCUGGGAUUUGCUGACCUCAACAUUUCUGAGUUUGCUGGUUCAGGCUCGACGGUCCGCUGCUGCAUCCUGGAGGGUUAUGACACCAAAAACACUCGGCAGGACAACUCCAUACUGAAGGUCACCAUCGGGAUGACGCUCCUGUCUGGAGAUCCCUGCUUCAAAACGCCUCCCAGCACGGCUAAGUCCAUCCUGAUUGGUGUGGAGGAUCCCAACCUGCAGCUGGCCUGUAAGGGGGACAGCACCGCCUCUCUGCAGCCACCAGGGGGCAUGGUGGAGGGGCCUGGCGCCGUUAAACCCAGACAGUCUUCAGUUCGUGGUUUAGGGCUGCCGGAGCACGCUGACGGCCUCCACAGUCCGGAUGACGUCUUCCUCACUCGGCACGUCCGCAGCGCCAGUCAGCACAGCAAAAUAUCAGGCUACAGCACCGGUCACUCCCGCUGCUCCAGCCUGACCGACCUCAGCCACCACCGGAACGCCUCGUCCAGCAGCGGCGCGUCCUGCGGCGUCGCUCAGCCUCCCGCCGCCCCCGGCAAGCCGGAGCGGCCGCCCCCGCCCUCGGCUGCCGCCCUGCUGUCCCACCGCUCCUCCAGGAGGAAGAAGGAUGCCGUGGAGCGCCAGCGGAGCUGUGUGGACGACACUCGCAUCGACGCCGACGACAUCGUGGAGAAAAUCGUUCAGAGUCAGAACUUCUCAGCCGGCAGCAGCGAUGAAGACAGCCACCUGAGACUGUUUGUCAGUAAAGACGGGACCACGGCUCUGAGCGGGACACAAAUCGCCACCAGAGGAACGCCGGGCGUCUUUGAGCCGGUGGAGAUCGAGACUCACUGAGGCUCCAUGAUGGAGGUUCUUCUGCUGACCCGGUUUACUCAGAACCAGCGGUUCCCGUCCGCUCCGGGUCGCUCCAUUCACCUCAUUAUCAGCUGCUUUUAAAUCUGAAUAAUCUGGAUUAUUCCAGCAAAGGUUGGCAGGAUCCAGGCCUCCAGAUGAUUAAUCCUGAAUGUUGAGAAUAAUCCAGAAUAAUCCAGAAUAAUCCAGAAUAAUCUUGACGGUCGGUGGGUAAAAAUAUUUCCUUCUUUUUAUGCACAAAAACGUAUUAAAACCUAUAAAGUUCUGAAUUGAUCUCAGUCAGAUGUGAAGCUGCAGGAAGUUUUAAUGUUUUUAUCCUGAAACAUUUCAGCUUCAGAACCGGUUCUGACCCGAUUCAACAGAACCGCUCCACUUUAAGACAACUACGUUCUGCAACAUUCAUGAUGACAUCACAAAAAGUUUGGUUUUAUAACUCAGAGGAUCAUUUAAGACUGAGAAUUAUUAUUAUUAUUAUUAUUAUUAUUAUUAUUAUUAUUAUUAUUAUUAUUAUAGUCUACUGGUUGAUCAUUGUGUUGUUUGUAUUUCACAGUUUUGCACGUUUAACCUCUGAGGUUUAUUAUUAAUAACCACUGUAACAGGUUUUGAAUUGCUGUCCUUUAAUCUCUGCCGUGUUUCUAAUGGAGAGAAAAAUGAUGAAUAUUUUCUCUGAUCUAAUCGCAGCUUCGUUCCUCCAACCUGGAUUUUAUUCACUUUAUUACUUCAAAUCCAUUUAAAUCACAUUAAAGUGCUUUUAAUCAGCUGUUCUUUUGAUUAAUGCAGGAAAAUUAAACAUUGAUUUUUCCUUUGCUUCUCAGGAUGUGUAGCUACUGAAUGAUUAGCUGCUAACGGGCAUGCUAAAGGCUAAUUGCUAGUUUUUGUUACUGUUCUCUAAAUUUUAGCCACAAUUUUAACAAAGUUAUGAUUUAAAAGGUUUUUUUCCCUUCUUUUGGGUUUUCAGAGGCCCUAUGAGAAAAAUCCAGAACUGCAACGUUUUUAUCUGUAGCAUUUAGCAGCUAAUGGGGUCGAUGCUAACGUUUCUUAUCCAACCUGAACGUCACCAUGCGCUGCUUGGACCUGGAUUAUUUUAUUUGACUUUUUCUUUGCUUCAUUUUAGCUUCUGGUUUAAAAGUCUGUUUACUGUCUUUAGCCUUUUGUUUGUAUGGAAUCACAGAAGUGCCACAACAAAGAAGAGAUUAUAUAUUUUAAAAAUAAUUUUUUUAUUUUUGUGUCUAUCAUUUGUUUAUAUAAAUGAUUUAAUAAUUUCUUUAGUUAGAUAUUUUAGCCAGUAACUUGGUGCUAAAAUAUGUCGGGUGAAUUGGAAGUAUCUAGGAAUUAGCAAUACAUUAAUAUUAUUAUUAUAAAAAUCUAUAAUGAAGUGUUGCUGCUUAAGAGGAAAGUAUUAUUUUUGGUUUUGGACUGAAUUCCCACAUUAAUGUUUGUUCUUUAUUUUCAUCCUCACCUUUAAGCAAACUCCCAAUUAGUUUUUGUAAUAUUUCACACAUUUAUUCUUUUUGUGGCACUCUUAGGAUUCCAUACAAAGAGUAGAUUUAAGUUUUCUGAAGCUAGUCUGACGUCUUUAGAGAUAAAUUAUUGUUCUGGUUGCCAUAGUGAUUAAUUUUAGUGCCGUUAAACUGAAGAGGAAAAGUUUUUCUGCUGGUUCAGAAACAUUUGUUAGUUUUUGCUGCUCAGUUUCACCCAAAGGGAAAAACUCCAGUCAGAAUCAGCUCUGUUUUUAUGCAUGUCGAUGUUUCUGUGGUUCUGUCGGGUCAGACCCACAGCUGCUCCAGGACAAAGCCCGGCCUGUUCCAGAACCAACAAUAGACAGAGAAACGGACCUGAACGGGUUGGUUUGUGGUUCUGGAUGUGUGGACGGAUGCGUGCAGGUCACGUGUUCGCUCCUUCUGCCAUGUUUCACAUCGUUUUAAUAAAAUAAACUGAAUAUGUAAUAUUUAUCUGCUCCGUCUGAUCCAGAUAGACGCUCAGAUUUAGAAUCAGAAACAUCUGAAGCCAGCAGGCUGGUUCUGGUUCUGGUUCUGGUUCUCACUGGAUCUUAAAGCUUUAUAAACACUGAAUUAAUUACAGUGCAACCACUUAACUCUGUUUUAGACGAAUGUCCAUCAGACGUGUAUUACCUGUUAUUUUUUCACAUAAAGCGUUUUAUUUUUUAUUUUGGUGAAAAGGGUUUUAAUAUUUCAUAAUGAUUCAAAUGGAAAUGAUGAACGAGAUUCUGAUUUAUAUUUUAAGUGUUGUGAUGAAUUAAAGUGUUUGUUAAAGGGAAUGUACUGAGUGAUUUAUUUCACAUCAUGUUUUUAUUACGCUGAUCUAAAUAUAAACGGUUAUUUUGGGUAAAUUUAUGGUUGUUUUUGUUAUUAAUGUUCAAACAGAUUUUAAUUAUUUACAUUCCUCGUUUUGAAACAAUUGUUAUUGUCAGAAUUUAUGUGUUAAUUUUGUACAUAAACAUCAAAUAAAAUGGAAAAG